ACAGGGUGAUGUGUGUUUGUGAGGGCAGGAGAGAGGAGGAGUUUCGGUUUGCAGGUUGUUCAGUCUAGUGUACACUCUUUCAGAAAGAUCACUGCGACUAUUCGGACAUCAGAUUUCUCCGAUCAGACGCAUCCAAACAGCUUGGUGCAGUCCGAACUCAGGAACGUUUAAAAGAUAACAGAAGCUGACGUGCACACCAGAACAUCACUCAGGUAUUUUGGAUGGGAAAUGAAACUAAAAGUGUGUCUUUGAAUUAUGAAGAUGAGGAUUUUAUUAUCAUGGACAGCCCUAACCCUGCUGUCACUCAAAUGCAACCUCGCAGAGAGAAUUAUUCAAUAUGGACCUGUUUUCACCCAAGAGCCUAGUGACAGUGUCUUUCCGCUGAGCACUGAAGACCCCAAGAUAUUCAUCAACUGCAAAGCCAAAGGAAAUCCGCUGCCCCAUUACAGGUGGAAAUUCAACGGAAAAGAUUUCGACACUUACACUGAUUUGAACUACAGCCUAGUAGAGGGCAACCUCUUGAUCAAUAACCCACAGGCAAUGAAAGACGGAGGAUCUUACCAGUGUAUUGCCACUAAUGCCUUUGGAACCAUCCUGAGCCGCAAGGCCAAAGUGGAGUUUGCCUAUCUUCAGAAUUUCACUAACAAGGCCAGAAAUGCAGUCUCAGUAAGAGAAUGCCAGGCUGUUGUGCUGCUGUGUGGCCCACCACUCCAUUUUGGAGAGGUUAGAUAUUCAUGGAUCUUCAAUGGUAAUCCCAGUGUCCUCAUCCAGGAUAAUCGGCGCUUUGUGUCCCAGAGGACAGGGAACCUGUGCAUCGCCAAAAUGGAGCCAUCUGAUGUGGGCAACUAUACGUGUGUGGUAAAGAACUUGAUGACCAAUAGCACCGUGUACAGCUCGCCCACUCCCGUGGUGCUGCGCCAGGAUGCUGUGAUGGGUGAAUACGAGCCUAAAAUUGAAGUCCAGUUUGAAGAAAUGCUGCAUGUCGUCAGAGGAUCGUCGGUUAGACUGGAGUGCUUUGCUCUAGGAAAUCCAGUGCCGUCUAUCUCUUGGAGAAGAGCAGACAGAAGCCCUUUUCCUGGAAAGAUGAAAAUCAAUCAAUCAAAUGGCGUCCUAGAGAUCCCUUAUUUCCGGCCUGAGGAUGCUGGCUUUUAUGAAUGUGUGGCAGAGAACUCCAGAGGCCACAGUAUUGCAAAAGGACAACUCAUAUUUGAUGAUGUGGAACUUCUGCAUUGGGUCCAGACACUGCAUGAUGCCUACAUGGCCAUAGAUGCCAAUUUGCACUGGGAGUGCAGGGCCAAUUGGAAACCCCAGCCGGUGUACAGAUGGCUUAAAAAUGGACAGGUCAUGGACAGAAUCCGCAUUAAUGGAGGCAAGCUCAUGCUCUUGAAAGUUAACCUAGAGGAUUCGGGGAUGUAUCAGUGUUUGGCCGAGAAUGAGCAUAGUGUCGUUUAUGCCAGUGCCGAACUCAAAGUUGUAGCUUUUCCUCCAGACUUUUCUAAAAGUCCAGUGAAGAAGUCCACGUUGGUUCAAAAAGGAGGUGAAGACAUCAUUGAAUGUCGGCCACAUGCAUCCCCCAAGGCAUCCUUCUCAUGGAGGAAAGAAGGUGAUCUGCUGAAAAACAGUGAGAGAAGGACAAUCUCAGAGGAUGGCACUCUGCGUAUUACCAAUGUGAGUGAGUCAGAUGCAGGUAGAUACACAUGUGUGGCGCACAACCUGUUCGGCGUGGCCAGCAGCACAGGAACACUGAUGGUCAAAGAACCAACCAAAAUUACAGUUCCUCCACUGAGUAUGGAUGCCACUUUGGGUGAGAGCAUUGUUCUGUCAUGUAGGGUGUCCAGAGACUCCAACAUGGACCUCAUCUUCAAGUGGUUCUUCAACGGAAAACUUGUUGAUUUCAGCCGCCAUGAACACUUUGAGAUGAUUGGAGGGGGAGCAUCCGGUGACAUCAUGGUACGUAAUAUUCAGCUAAAACACUCUGGGAAAUAUGUGUGCAUGGUCCAUAAAGCGAUGGACAGUGUCUCGGCUGCAGCUGAUUUGAUAGUCAGAGGGCCCCCUGGUUGCCCUGAGCGAGUUUUGGUGGGGGAAGUCACUGAACGGACAGUUCAGCUCUCAUGGUAUCCCAGUCCUGACAAUCAUAGCCCCAUCACACAUUAUAUAGUGCAGGCCCAAAGUCAUUUCUUGAUUGGCUGGCAGGCUGUAAAAACAGUUCCUCAUGCUGUGCCUGGGCAGAUGACACGUGCUAUUGCAGUGGGCUUGAGCCCGUGGGUUCAGUACAAGUUUAGGGUGGCAGCCAUGAACAGUGUCGGCAUGGGUGAGCCUAGUGCCCCAUCUGAGGCUGUUCUCACUAAGGCAGCAGGGAAAUGUGUUAAACUGUCAAUGCCUGUUCCAGAAGAACUACAGAAUGGAGAAGAAUUUGGAUAUGUGGUAGCCUUUCGUUUACUUGAUUCUCUGGUCUGGAUGCAGAGCUUGGUGCCCUCAGUGGAUGAAUCCCGAUAUGUGUUUAAAAAUGACACCUUUCCUACACUCUCACACUUCGAGGUGAAGGUGGGAGUGUACAACAGCAUUGGAAAAGGACCCUACAGCCCUGUAUCUGUUGUCUACUCAGCAGAGGAAGAACCCACUAUAGCCCCUACUAAAGUGUGGGCACAUAGUCUUUCCUUCUCAGAACUGCAGGUUUUCUGGGAUCCCAUCCUGCCAAGCCAUAGCAAAUCCACAAUCUUAGGAUACGAGGGCUCAUUACAGAGUGAGGCAAUGAAGGAAAGGGUCAUAAGAAGCCCAGCUUAUAUCACAGGCCUGAAGGGCAGCACGCUGUAUCUAAUCUCAGUGAGAGCUCACAACAGUGGUGGAGUUGGACCUACCAGUGCUGUCAUCAACAUGACAACAAAGAAACCGCCUCCAAGCCAGUCUCCAGGGAAUAUUGAGUGGAACUUGACAAACUCCAAGAUCUUUUUGCAUUGGCAGCAUGUAAAGGCAAUGGACAAUGAAUCUGAAGUAACAGGCUACAAGGUGAUGUACCGUCAAAACUGGCACAGAGGGACCAGCACAGUUGAAAAAAAUCAGACGUCAUUGGAGCUACAGGUUCCAUCAGAAGAUCUUCUUAUACAGAUCAAAACCUUAAGUGAUGGAGGAGAUGGCAGCUACAGCAGUCCUAUUCACAUACCAAAGAUGACCAAUCUGAACUCAAGGGGCUACUUCAGCUCCAAUGCAAACAAGCUGGUCCAUAUCCACAAAGUAGCAUUUCUUAUGCUAGUAUGGCUAUUUCUGAAGAAUUUUUCCUUUUGAUUAGCAGAGGCUGAAAAGAAAAUCAAGAUGAAAAUUACGAGGAAUAUACACAAUGUGAAAGUAAUUUAUUUAUUUCGUGAGCUGAAGAAUGUUCAUACAG